CGACGGGAGAAACCCAUCAUCCUCUCGCCGUCAGAAACAUGUCGUUUUCGCUGUCCAACAGACAAGUGACCUUGGUGAAGGAGCUAGUGAACUUUACGGGCUGCGCCCGCGAGAGGGCCAUCGAAUUGCUACGGAAGCACCAAUGGAGUGUCUCGGCUGCUGCCGACGUUUUCUUUGAAGACACGGCGAACCAGGCGGCUGUAUGCACCGUUAACGAAGGCGCUGUCAUCGCGUGGUUUGACAAGUAUGCUGAUCCCGACGACCCCGACAGCAUGCUUGAUGAAGGCAUCAUGGCAUUCUGCGACGACAUUGGGAUUGAUGCCCAGGACACGGUUGUGCUCGUGAUUGCGUGGAAGAUGAAGGCAGCCGAAAUGUGCUGCUUUACGCGGACCGAGUUUGUCCGCGGAAUGCGGGAGCUCGGCUGUGAGUCCGCGGCGGCUCUGCGCGCCAAACUCGGCGAGGUCCGCGAAUGCAUUGCGGCCCCGGCGGCCUUUAAGACCUUUUACUUGUUUUGCUUUGGCUACUCCAAGGAACCAGGCCAGAAGAGUCUGAGCAAGGACAUGGCGGUGGCUAUGUGGGAGCUCGUGCUGUUGCCCAAGUUCCCCAAAGUUGCCGACUGGCUCGCGUUCCUACAAGAGCAUCCCAGCUACGGCAUCACGCGCGACACGUGGGACCUCUUUUACGACUUCAUGGUCAAGGUGGAGGCCUCCUACGAUGGAUACGACGAGAACGAAGCGUGGCCCGUCCUUAUCGACGACUACAUGACGUACAUUUCAGAAACCAAGGGCGGCCAGCGCCACUAAUACACUGGACAACUCUACUUUCGCGUGCUCGAGUCGCUGCGGCUCAUCGAGACAAAGUUUGAGUGCCAGUGGGUGCAAAACGCUCUACUGCCAUUGAAGAGCUCGUUCUCACAACCCUCCGCGAACUUGCGUUGGUUGAAAUGUGUGGCGGAAUCGAGGCUCGGGCCCUUGGUAGAGUACCUCGAGCGUUGUCGAUCGGCGACGUCUUGCUGAGACCUGAUGUGGAGGAUGAACAUGGAUGCACGCAUUGAAGUGUCUGCCGCAUUUGUCAAACAGAUCCAAACGAUACGUUGGCUGGUUUCAGGUCUGCAUGGACACUGCCACCACCAAUUUCGUGGUCGACACUCCAUGAAAAGGUCGACGAAGUCGAUGUCUAAAUACAAUCUGCUGAAAUUUUUCAUGAGGCUCAAUAAGGUGCCACAUGCAGCGCGGGUUCACCAACAGUGGGCGUUGCAUUCGUUUGGUAGGCUCUGGCUGGGGCGGCAUGACUUCGCUGCUGGCUGUUGGACCGGUGGUCGUGGUGCAGUCCCCACGCGGUCUUGGAAAACUGCAUGUACAUGGCAAUGAAAAAGAGCCCGACCGUCGCGGCCAAGUACGCCCACCACGCAGCGCUGAUCGAGUACACAAAACUGCCGUCGGCCAGCUGCACGCGAAGCGCUUCAAGAUCACUUCCGGAGGGGUACUUGCCGGCAAAAUACCCCACACCCCACACGACGGCGGUGGCCCCAAAGAAACUCGUCGCGAUGAUGAGGAAUGGGCGCUCCAGACACCGUGCCAAGAGCCCGCCGAGGAUGCCCAAGCCCACGAUGAGAAUGUACAGCAUACCGCUUGGAUUCGACGGCCACAGCUUGUACCCGACCGUGUUGUUUACGAUGAACGCCAGCAAGACCCCAGCGGCGGCACCCACAAUGAACACGCCGAGUUUCCAAAUGCACAUGACGGUGGUGCCGACGACGAGCCCGCCAGCAACAAAGCAUAUCCAUGCCGCCGUCACCAUGUACGUUUGGUUUGCAAAUAUCUUUUCGGCGAUCAAGUAAAACACAACCGACCCGACGGCAAACCCGCACACAAACAGCACUGGGCGAAACAGCUUGUAGCCAAAGAGAGCGACGACCGAGCCAACGCCAAUCGCCAACCCUGCAACCACACCCGGCGCGAAGCUAAUCUUGGACCCGCUGGCUAAUAAAUCGUUCGCGGCACGGUCAAAGUCACUGCUUCCAUCAGUCAAAUUGGGCAAGGCCGCAACUGUGAUCGAUGGGGCAGAGGUCGUCGUGGCUGCCGCAAAGGAUGUGCCUAUGAACGCCGUCACGAGGACAGCCACCGUUAGAGAUAUCUCGAGGCGCGUCAAGCCAGUCGUCAUGAAGGACUGCCAAGCCGAACUCGCACUGGCGUGCGCUCUGCUUGGUCCUGAUGCCGAGG